AUGUCUAGACGUUCCCUCCGCCUGCUGGGCUACACCGCCGCCGCUGCCGGCAUAGCUAGCUACAGCAUCCACCAUGUGUUGAGCCAUCUGGAAGAAAAAUACCCAGCACUGCCUCCCGCAGCAGGUAGCAGAGCCCUCCGCAAACCAAAAAGCCCAGAUACCCAGCGAUGCGCAUACACCGACAUCUACGCAGCUCAGAUACCCCUACGAGCCCUUCAAGCACGUGUCCCAAGCCCAAAGACACCAAACCAAACAGAGCUUGAAUAUGCCUGGGCUAGAUCUGUCCUUGGAAGCAAGGUCCUGAGAAUUGAAGGCUCGAUCCUCGGACUACUCACCAAUUUUCGCUUCACACCUUGCGAUACAGGGAACUCGGAGGGCGGAUUCUCGCCGGACAAAACCACCGGUGCGCCGCGCGUUCUACUGAACGGCGCAUUCCAUGUCCAGCGGGUUCCUGCCGCUGACACAGAUAGUAAUGGACUUCUGGUAUCAUUGAAAUUGCCGGAUGAACCCCGCGAAUUCUUUGAGAAGAUUGCGCGGUGGGGGUAUCCUUGGCGCUUGAUGUCCUGCGUCCGACAUGAGAUGAGUGUCUCGGAACCGUUCCGGGUGAAUGGGCAGGAAAUGUUUGUCGAGGUGCGGUUUUCAACUGCCCAUGAUUAUGAGGUCGUUGAUGCAGAGGGUGGACCAGAGAAACAGAAGAUUAUUCCAGAUUGGACUUUGAGGUUGCAUCGUGGGUAUGCUAGGUUUGUUCUUGAUUCCGCUGUUCGGGAUUUGCGGCGGGAUUUUGCCAAGUAA